AUGGCAGAACCUACACCAAAUAGCACAAACCCAUCAAGCAAUAUUAGCCUCCGCGCCCCGUCCAAGUACCUCGCAGACCCCUCCAAGCCAUCAACUACCACUGGCGACCCAUUCGUCUCUCCGCCGCUCGAAUGGCUCUGGCGCACCUGGGCCGUCACGCACUCGACGUUGUCGAUGUGGCGCUCAGCCCGGAACGUGCGAAUAACCUACAAGCCGUAUAAGCCCGAGUCUAAACCCGUUGCAAACGACAACCUAGUCGAAUAUGAGAAGAGCAAUGGCAAGGGAGGCGUGAAGCGUGUCGAAGGCAUUGAGAAGCCCGACUCGACUAUCCCCGGCGCCUGGACCUGGCGGGGCAAGGGCUUGCUCGUUAUAGCUAGCAGCCAUUGGGAGAUUUUGGGCUGGGGCGAGCGCCCACUAGCCGGUGGUGCAGCCGGUGGUGCAGAUGAUACGGGAGAAGGCAUUGAGCGCUGGGCUGUGACCUGGUUCGCACCUACUUUAUUCACGCAGGAGGGCGUAGAUAUUUACAGUGACCGCAAGGAGGGCCUAAGCAAGGAGACAGUGGAAGAGAUCACCAAGGCGCUGAAGGAACUUAACGAUGCGCCAAAGGUUAUCGAGCUGGUCGAGAAGCACAUGCAGGAGGUUGAAAUUAGCUUACCGUGGAAAGAAGGAAAGAAAUAA